GGGAGAGGAGACCUGAGGCCCUUGGGUGGGCGCCCGUCAGCCAUGGCCACGGCUGACACCACCUUGCCUUCCAUCAGUGCGCUGACUGCCCUAGGCCCCUUUCCAGACACACAGGAAGACUUCAAGUGGUGGCGCUUUGAGGACGUGCAGGACUUGGGUCCGGGUCCCCCGGAACAGGCUCGGCCGCUCCUCCACGUGAGGCCCAAGUUGGAGUACGCGCCCGAGGAGAAAGAAGACGACGACGACAGGGAUCCGGCCACGGCCUGGGACCUGGAUCUCUUCUUCACCAACCUGUCCGGCGCGGAGCCCGGUGGCGCGCCUCCGCCCUGUGCCCUGGCGCCGGGGGAAGGCCCCGGAGCGCCGUUCCCGCCGCAGCCCGAGACCCCAGAGGCAUACGCGGGCGGCCUGGGGCUGGUGGCGGGGCUCCUGGGGCCCGAGGAGCCCCCGGGCUGGGCGCGCCAGGCCCCGCAGGCUGCAGCCCCCGACGCCUUCGUGAGCCUCGCGCUGGUCCCGGCUCCCGAGCCCAAGGCGCUGCCGCUGCAGCCGGUGUACCCGGGCCCGGCGGCGGGCUCCCCCGGCAGCUAUUUCCCGCGGACCGGGGUGUCGGUGCCCGCGGCGCCCGGCGCCCCCUACGGGCUGCUGUCGGGGUACCCGGCCUUGUACCCGGCGCCGCAGUACCAGGGGCACUUCCAGCUCUUCCGCGGGCUCCCGGCGCCCGCCCCCGGCUCCGCCGCGCCCCCCUCCUUCCUGAAUGGCCUGGGACCCGGGACCGCCGCCGGGGACCCGAGGGGGCCCGCGGGCGCCGUGCCCAUCAAGCGCAGCCGGCGCUCCUGGGCGCGCAAGCGGCAGGCGGCGCACACGUGCUCGUACCCGGGCUGCGGCAAGAGCUACACCAAGAGCUCGCACCUCAAGGCGCACCUCCGGACCCACACCGGGGAGAAGCCAUACGCCUGCACGUGGGACGGCUGCGGCUGGCGGUUCGCGCGCUCCGACGAGCUGACCCGCCACUACAGGAAGCACACGGGACAGCGCCCCUUCCGCUGCCAGCUCUGCCCCCGGGCCUUUUCUCGCUCGGAUCACCUGGCCUUGCACAUGAAGCGUCACCUCUGAGCCAGCCUCCCCCUCCACCACCACCAUCCCCAGCACUUGGACCUUCCUGGGGACGGGGAUGGAACAGGAGCGGAUCCGCGCGGACAGGGCGGUUUCCCGCGGAUGGACCCUUGCCGGGACUCUCCCCCCACAGAUCCCCAGGAAGAAGGACUGGCCCAUACAGACCUGGGGGAGCCUCCAGCGGAAGCUCCCAGGUGUCCUCAGCCUCAGGAGCCGCACAGAGACUUCCUAGGGUCACGUAGACCCAACGAGACAGACUUCCAAAUACAUGGACUCAGAUGGACACUCAGACACUUGGGACAGACAGACAGACCCUCGGAGAGCUGGGCCCUCAGACCAGCUCACAGGCGGCCUCGGACAAGGGAAGGGGUUUGGGGUGAGGCUUCGCAGAGACCCUGGCUCUAGAAGGGGUCUUCCCACUGUAACGGCCCAGCUCGGCGUGUGGCUGGAGUCCGCUGUGAAUGGUUAUGGGUCUGUACCAAUGCUCCUCCCAGAUAAAGCUUCCGCUGUGGCCUGC